UCUGCAGAGCCUCCCAGCACACACCUGACCCCUGCCCCCCGCCCCCCCUCUCCAGCCUCAGUAUGGCCACCCCGCUCACAGACCAGGAGAAGAGGAAGCAGAUCAGCAUCAGGGGCAUCGUGGGAGUGGAGAACGUGGCCGAGCUGAAGAAGGGCUUCAACAGACACCUGCACUUCACGCUGGUGAAGGACCGGAACAUCGCCACGCCCCGGGACUACUACUUCGCCCUGGCCCACACCGUCAGGGACCACCUGGUGGGCCGCUGGAUCCGGACCCAGCAGUUCUACUACGAGGCCGACCCCAAGAGGGUGUACUACCUGUCUCUGGAGUUCUACAUGGGCCGCACGCUGCAGAACACCAUGAUCAACCUGGGGCUGCAGAACGCCUGCGACGAGGCCAUUUACCAGCUGGGGCUGGACAUGGAGGAGCUGGAGGAGAUGGAGGAGGACGCUGGUCUGGGGAACGGAGGCCUGGGCCGACUGGCAGCCUGUUUCCUGGACUCCAUGGCCACCCUGGGGCUGGCAGCGUACGGUUACGGUAUCCGGUACGAGUACGGGAUCUUCAACCAGAAGAUCAGGGACGGCUGGCAGGUGGAGGAGGCCGAUGAUUGGCUGAGGCACGGGAACCCUUGGGAGAAAGCCCGCCCCGAGUACAUGCUGCCCGUCCACUUCUACGGACACGUGGAGGAGACCAAAGACGGAUCCAAAUGGGUCGACACUCAGGUGGUUCUUGCGAUGCCCUACGACACGCCCAUCCCCGGGUACAUGAACAACACGGUGAACACCAUGAGGCUGUGGUCCGCCAAGGCGCCCAACGACUUCAACCUCAGGGACUUUAAUGUUGGAGAUUACAUCGAGGCGGUUCUGGACAGAAAUCUGGCGGAGAACAUCUCCCGGGUUCUGUACCCCAAUGAUAAUUUCUUUGAAGGAAAGGAGCUGCGUCUGAAGCAGGAGUAUUUCGUCGUGGCAGCGACGCUGCAGGACAUCAUCCGUCGUUUCAAGACCACGAAGAAGGGAUCCCCUGGACGGACGUCCUUUGAGAGCUUCCCCGACAAAGUCGCUAUCCAGCUGAACGACACUCAUCCCGCCAUGGCCAUCCCUGAGCUCAUGAGGAUAUUUGUGGACAUCGAGAAGCUGGACUGGGACACGGCGUGGAGUCUGACACGGCGGACCUUCGCCUACACCAACCACACGGUGCUGCCCGAGGCUCUGGAGCGCUGGCCGGUGGAGCUGCUGGAGAAGCUGCUGCCCCGACACCUGCAGAUCAUCUACCAAAUCAACCAGCUGCACCUGGAAAGGAUUGCCACCCUGUACCCCAAAGACAUGGACAAACUGAGGAAGAUGUCUCUGAUCGAGGAGGACGGCUGUAAGAGGGUGAACAUGGCGCACCUGUGCAUCGUGGGAUCACACGCUGUCAACGGAGUCGCCGAGAUACACUCCAACAUCAUCAAGACGGACGUGUUCCGUGACUUCAGUGAACUGGAGCCGCAGAAGUUCCAGAACAAAACGAACGGCAUCACGCCGCGGCGCUGGCUGCUGCUCUGCAACCCGGGGCUGGCCGAGCUGAUCGCUGAGGUGAUUGGAGAGGAUUAUGUGAAGGACCUCGGUCAGCUGACGAAGCUCAAACAGUUUGUCGAUGAUGCCGCUCUGAUCCGGGACAUCUCCAGAGUCAAACAGGACAAUAAGGUGAAGUUCGCUCAGUACCUGGAGAAGGAGUACCGGGUGAAGAUCAACCCGUCCUCCAUGUUUGACGUCCACGUGAAGAGGAUCCACGAGUACAAGCGGCAGCUGCUCAACUGCCUGCACAUCAUCGCCAUGUAUAACCGCAUCAGGAUGAAGCCUGCUGCACACUUUGUCCCGCGGACCGUGAUCAUCGGGGGGAAGGCGGCCCCCGGGUACCACAUGGCGAAGAUGAUCAUCCGCCUCAUCACGUCGGUGGCGGAGGUGGUGAACAACGACCCGGUGGUGGGGAGCAAGCUGAAGGUCAUCUUCCUGGAGAACUACCGCGUGUCUCUGGCUGAGAAAGUGAUCCCGGCCACCGACCUGUCGCAGCAGAUCUCCACGGCGGGCACCGAGGCGUCGGGAACCGGGAACAUGAAGUUCAUGCUGAACGGCGCCCUGACCAUCGGCACCAUGGACGGCGCAAACGUGGAGAUGGCGGAGGAGGCGGGCGAGGAGAACCUGUUCAUCUUCGGCAUGAGGGUGCAGGACGUGGCCGACAUGGACAAGACGGGGUACGAUGCGAUGUCGUACUACAAGAAGAUCCCGGAGCUGAAGCAGGUGAUGGAUCAGAUCACCAGCGGGUUCUUCUGCCCCAAAAACCCCGACCUGUUCAAAGACCUCACGGACAUGCUCUUCCAAUACGACCGGUUCAAGGUGUUUGCAGACUUUGAGGAUUACAUGAAAACUCAGGAGAAAGUCAGCAAGCUGUACCAGAACCCCAAGGAGUGGACAAAGAUGGUGAUCCGGAACAUCGCGGCCACGGGGAAGUUCUCCAGCGACCGCACCAUCACCGAGUACGCCACCGAGGUGUGGGGGGUGCAGCCCACCGACCUGAAGAUCCCCCCCCCCAACGAGCCACGGGAGGCCGUGGUGGAAAAGGCCCGAGCCCUGAAGAAAAUGUGAGGCCGUCUCCGGGUUUAGACAUUAUUCACUUCUUUGUCUUCCAAUCUUUUUUGGUUACAUUUCUUUUACCUAUUUAUCAUUUUAAUUACCUUCUUAUUGUUUGAACCAUUUUUAUCGUCAAAGCACAGAAACUACGGAAGCCCUGACGAUCAAAGGGGGUGGGGAUUUAACCGUUUCCUCUGUGGUGUUUGUGACUUAAGGGCCAGAGAAAUAAAUGAAAGUGAGUCGUUUAAUCGUUAUAUUAUGACACUUUCAGAUGUUGGGAAAUGCUUUUGAUUUUUGAAAUGUUUUGGUCUUAGUUUUGCAAGAAUAAUUUCCCCUGAAUAAUUUUAUUUUUGACCUUUUCUUUUGACUGAUUCUCUGAAUUAAUUUCAUUUAAUAAAUGUUUUCUCGCCUUUUGAAACUAGAAAUGUGAUGCUUUUAGUCCUGUUUAGUGCAUGGGGUACUGAAGCCAUCUGAUGGCUGACAUUAGAACUGCAACAACAAACUGUAAUAAGGGAAAUCCACCUUUUUAAUCAGAAGAAAAUAAAUAUUAAAAAUUAUUCAAGAAAAAAUGAAAUAAUUGCCAAAACUGUUUUUUUUAUCACAGGUCAGAAAAUAUAGAAAGUAAAUUCAUAUUUUUCUAAAUCCAGGAAAUAUUUAAUGCAUCCAAAAAAACUCCCAAAAACGUUGGAAAUGAUUUGACAUGUUUGAUUCAGAAACACAGGGGAGACACACCUAUCACACUUAGAUAACCAGAGUUUUAUUUCUUGUUUGCCUCUCAGGGCUUCCGUACAAAUCACAGCAGUUAAAUAUAAAUGUGUGUUAGUCCUUAAACAUCAACACACACAGUGGAGAAAGAGCCAGAGUGGAGAACAAGGUUAAAUAACUUCAUCAUAUUCAACAUUCCUGGAGUUCAUGUCGUGGGAGUUUCUGCGUUUCAGGAAUUCAGUGGGACGUCGGAAACAGAGCAGCGAAAUAAACUGGAUUUAAAUCACAGUCCUGCAAAUUCAUGCUGCGUUUAAUGAGCGACAGAGCCUCAGUAACUGCAGGCAGAACAAACAUGCAUUAACCUCUGCAUCCUUUAGCCAAAUAAAACUUCAUUAAUGAUUUAAAGUGCUUUGUCUCAGUGGUAAACACAUGUCAUUUAAUAUGUAUAAUCAGUGCUUUUGUUUUGUGACAAAAAUAAAUCUGUAUGUUGGAAUCUC